CAUGCUGACUGCUGCCAGAUUUUCUCUCAGACAUUUGAGGCGUUUUUCUGUAUCUGCCUUGAACUCAGGACACCAUCAGGCCAGUGUCGUCAUUUUACCCCAACAUCUGGCCAAUGAGUUUGAGGCAUUCUGUUGUAGGAAUCCCGCCCCUUUGCCACUCCUUUAUCGCAGUCAGUCAGGACAGACCUCCUGCCCUUUACUUACUCGUCAUGUUGACAUAAGGACAGCUAAGUCUCAGUAUUGUGUUUUUGAGGAGGGUCGCCUGGUGAAAACAGUCUCCAGUCUGCAGACUUACAACACUGAGAAAAGAUCUGAAGCAGAGCAGCAGGCUGCGUGUCACGUUCGGUGGUCAGACAUGGUGUGUUUCUAUCUGGGCUGCAGUUUCGACUCUGACAAACUGAAGGAAGCAGGAGUACCUCUCAGGAACGUGCAGCAGGGUAGAAACGUCAGCAUGUACCGGACUACAGUUCCUUGUAUCUCAGUAGGAGUGUUCAGCUGCCCUCUAGUGGUCAAUAUGGGACCUGUUCCAGUUGAUAGUUUGGAAACAGCUGCACAAGUUACUCACCUCCUACCUCUAUCACAUGGAGCACCUAUCCAUAUUGGAGACCCUGCUCUUCUAGGAAUACAGGACCUGUCCAGACCAGACUAUGGGGAUCCAGUAAACCUGCAUCCUGGUGAUGUUCCAGUCUUUUGGGCUUGUGGUGUGACCGCUAUAGAGGCAGUACUCUGCAGCAAGUCAUCUUUGGCAUUUACUCACUCACCUGGCUAUACGUUCCCAACUGACAACCCAGAGUCCUCGCCUUCGUCUAUAUCAUUCUCCGAAUGUGGGGCCCCUCCCACCGUGAAUUGCAAUUCUGACCUUAUCCCGCUGUGCUUCCUGGUGUCUCACAAUCCUUUGAUGUACAGCCUGGCAUCUCAGAAGGCAGUUGCAAAGAUCAGACAGUUGGAGACCAUCAUUGGAGAGGACCCAGGUGAACGAGGGAUCAAAGCUUUGUAUGUUAAAGAUCAGCUGCUGCGCUCCUGUCUGGCUCUAUCACACUCUUCCUCUGUUGCCAUAACGACAGGAUUUCCCACACAUUACAUGCACAGCCCUCCUGAUGAGACAGAUGGCCCGCCUGGAGCCAUUGCCAUGGCAACCAUGUUGCUGUCGCUUGGGAAACAGGUGACAAUAAUUACUGACAAGCGGGCGCUGGAGAUGAAUCGGGCUCUUAUCGAGGAAGCUGUGAAGACAGGUGUGCUAAAAACUGAAAUCCCACUGGUUACCUUUGAAGACAGCGGUCCAAACGCUGCUCUGCACUUCCUGUGCCACAACGGAGAUCCCAGAAAACCUCGGUAUGACCACCUUGUGGCGAUAGAGCGCAGUGGACAGGCAGAAGAUGGAAAUUACUACAACAUGAGGGCGGUAAAUGUGAAACAUCUGGUGGAUCCCAUUGAUGACGUGUUUAUUGCUGCUUUGGAUAUCCCUGGAAUCACCACAACCGGAGUGGGAGAUGGUGGUAAUGAGCUGGUUGGUAACCUUAAGGAAAAGGUGAAGAGCUUGAUGCCCAGAAGCCUGAUAGCCUGUGUUCCAGCUGACUAUGCCAUUACUGCUGGGGUCUCUAACUGGGGUGGAUAUGCCGUAGCGUGUGGGCUGUACCUGCUUUAUAACUGCCCCACACAUCAACAUUAUCUCAGGAAAGGACUAGGACUGGAAAGCACAGUGUCCCCAGACCAGCUCCAGGAUUGGACAGCUAACCUUCCAUCUGUGGAGAAGGAGGAGUCUUUUCUUUCCACGCUGGUGAAUUUUGGAAUACGAAGUGGGAAAACGGGUCACCUGGCCAUGGAGGUGGACGGUUUGACCUUUCACCCAACACACUCUGACAUCAUCACCAGACUGUUGGAAGUCACAGUCAGCUCUCCCUCUAGCCCUUAACUGCCAGCCCAUCUACUCUUAACGUAAAUGUAAUCAUA